CGAACUUCCGCGCCAUGACCAGCACCACCAGUACCAGCAGUACCAGCAGUACCAGCAGUACCAGCAGUACCGGCAGUACCGGCGGUACUUUCGGCGAAAUCGCCGAGCGACUCCACCGCGCCGGCCAGCGCCAUCUACUCGCCUUCGUCGACGAACUCGCCGCCGACGAGCGCUCGUCCUUCCUGCGCCAACUGGCCGCCGUCGACGUCGAACGCGCCGCGACGCUCUUCGCCAAAGCGACGAGCGGCGAAGACGCCGCGACGCCUACCACCAUGGCGCCGUUACCAGACGAUAUCGUCGAAUCAGAAGCCACCUGCGAUCCGGAAAAGUUGCUCGAGUACCAACGCACGGGACUCGAAGAGAUCUCCCGAGGUAGAGUGGCCGUGUUGCUGAUGGCCGGAGGCCAAGGUACCAGAUUAGGGGUGAACUACCCCAAGGGUAUGUACUCGGUGGGGUUGCCUUCGGAGAAGACCUUGUUCCGCAUCCAAGCCGAACGCCUCAGGCGAUUGGUGGUACUGGCGAAGCAACAAACCGGCCGCACCGGCAAGAUCUGCUGGUACAUCAUGACGAGUGGCGCCACCAACGCCACCACCGAGAACUACCUCAAACGCAACGAUUACUUCGGUUUGAACCCCGACGACGUGGUACUAUUCGAACAAGGCGUUUUACCGUGCUUCGAUUUCGACGGUAAGAUCCUACUGGACGCCAAGGGCGCCGUGGCGCUGGCGCCCGACGGCAACGGCGGCAUCUACAGGGCGAUGAAACGACACGGCGUGCUGGAGGAUAUGCGCAGGCGCGGGAUAUGCUACGUGCACGCCUACAGCGUCGACAACAUCCUGGUGAAAGUGGCCGAUCCGGCGUUCGUCGGGUACUGCGCGCGCAAGGGCGCCGAGUGCGGCGCCAAGGUGGUGAAAAAGUCGCGCGCCGACGAGGCCGUCGGCGUCGUGUGCCUGGCCGACGGCCGGUACCGCGUCGUCGAGUACAGCGAAAUCGGCGCCGAGACGGCGCGCCUGACUCGCCACGACGGCUCGUUGCGAUUCGACGCCGGGAAUAUAUGCAACCAUUUCUUUACGGUGGCGUUUCUGGAGCGCGUCGCCGACGUGCACGAGCCGGAUUUGAAGUUGCACGUGGCGCGCAAGAAGAUUCCGCACGUGGGCGCCGACGGGCGCCGAGUGGCGCCGAGUCGGCCGAACGGUGUAAAAAUCGAAAAGUUCGUGUUCGACGUGUUCGAGUUCAGUAAGAAGUUCGCGGCGUGGGAGGUCGGGCGCGGCGGCGAGUUCAGCGCGCUGAAGAACGCCGAUGGCGCCGGCGCCGUGGAUUGCCCGAGCACGUGUCGCGGCGAUUUGUUGCGGUUGCACGGGAGGUGGAUCGAAAAAGCCGGGGGAAUUGUGCGGUGUCCCGAUGUGGAGGUGUCGCCGUUGUUGUCGUACGGGGGGGAGAAUUUGGAGGUGAGGGUCAAGGGGAAGGUGUUCGAUCGGAAAACCGUUUUGUUGUCCGACGAGGAGUUGUUGAUUUUGAACAACAACAACGACAUGGAGAGCAACGGGUUGUCUAACGGUGAUUAAUUCGCGUUUUAGGUUGGCAACAAUGCAUUUUUUUAGUGGUGCCAACUUGAAUUAACUAAUUUUAUAUUAUACACUGUGAUUCAUUUCAGAUCGCAACAUAGGUUAUAUAGGCUAUAGGUACGACAAAGACAACAUCCAUUAGACACUU